AUGGAGAAAAGAACCAUCGUACUGCUGGGGAAGACUGGUGUUGGGAAGAGUGCAACAGGAAACACCAUCUUGAGGAGGAACAGAUUUGAGUCAUGUCGAUCUGUAGAUUCUGUAACAGAGGAGUGUGCAUUUGAGGAGGCAGUAAUUAAUGGAAAGUGCGUACGUGUAGUUGAUACACCAGGAUUCUUUGAUACAGAAAUGUCAGAUGAGGAAUUAGCCAUAGAGAUAGCCAGAAGUGUUUAUCUUUCACAACAAGGGGUUCAUGCCUUCCUUUUGGUUAUUCCAUACGGGACAUUCACAAAGCAGGAGGAAGAAAUAAUUUCAAAGGUACAGGAGGUCUUUGGUGAGAAAGUGACUGAGCACAUGAUUAUACUUUUCACUAAAGCAGAUGGGGUGGAAAAUAGUGACAUAGAAAAUAGCUCUAAUGAACACCUGAAAAGAAGUUUACAAAAGUGUGGAGAUAGAUAUCUGAUGUUUGACAACACAGCACAAGGCAGCACAACACAGGUUACUGAUCUUCUAGAAAUGACAGAAAGAGUGGUAGAGCAUAACAGUGGAAAGAGCUACACCAACGAAGUGUACAAGGCAGCACAAAGAAGUACCUUCGAUGCAUUCUGGGAAACAUUUAAACAAUUGUUUCUCAUGGCAGCUGCUAAAUUUAAGAAAGCUUAUAAGGCAUCUGACUGUUUUGCUCAAGGGCUGAUGUCCGAUAUCGGUUUGUCAAAAGAUGAUAAGUGGAAGCCUUCGUUGUUGGGAGUAGUUGUAGGUCUUGUAGUUGAAACAGUAACGUUUGUUAUCAGGGUUACGUUUAACGUUUUUUAUCAAAAGUGAGACAUGCACUUCUGAGCAAAGAGCUUGCUCAGUUGUAGUUGCUGUCAUUUAAAUAAAAAAGAAUUAUAAAAAAACAUUACACUACAUUACAUUACACUUAACUAUCAACAAUCAUGUUUAGACAUAUACCAGCUUUGAUUAAAUCUUGUACUUAACAUAAUGCCAUAAUAGUAACUACAUUUUAGCUGUUAAAAACAAGAUACUUUUUU